CGAAUAAUUAACCACUCUCCUCUCAUCAGCUCUUUUGGCUUUCUAGUUCUCUCUUCUCUACUCACUCAUCCUCUCACCAUCACUAAACUUAGAGAUGUCACAAAAACACAAUUAAACAAUAAUAAUCAAAAGAAGAGAGUAAACAAAAAGAUCGAUCGAAAUCGAAACCAUUACCACAACACAAUCAUAGCUGGAUUCAUCACUCUCCUCUUUCAUUUUCUUCUCUUCUCAGAUCUUGAAGAAGAAGAAGAAGACACAACACAAUGCUCUUCUUAUUGUUCCUGUUCUUGUUCCACUUCUCAUCUUUAGAUCUUAUCCACGCCGACCGUCGUGUACUCCACGAACCAUUCUUCCCUAUAUAUUCACCACCGCCCUCACCACCAUCACCACCACCGCUUCCUAAGCUACCAUUCUCUUCAACCACUCCACCACCAUCAGACCCAAACGCUUCUCCUUUCUUCCCAUUAAACCCUUCAUCUCCACCACCUCCUUCACCAUCCUCCUUCGCUUCUUUCCCAGCUAACAUCUCAUCUCUUAUCGUCCCUCACGCCACUAAAUCCCCACAAAACUCCAAAAAACUCCUCAUCGUCGCCAUCUCCGCAGUCUCCUCCGCCGCUUUAGUUGCGAUACUCAUCGCUUUACUCUACUGGCGUAGAAGAAGAGCAAGUAACCAAGAUCUCAACUUCUCCGAUGACAGCAAAACAUACACCACCGACAGUAGCCGUCGAGUCUACCCUCCUCCUCCAUCCACCGGGGCGGCUCCAACACGGCGCAAUGCAGAGGCUAGAAGUAAACAGAGAACCACCAGUAACAACAACAACAACAACAACAACAACAACAACAGCUCUGAGUUUCUCUACUUAGGAACAAUGGUGAAUCAAAGAAGCAUCGAUGAACAAUCUCUAAGCAACCGAAGCAAUAACGGAUCGAGUUCAAGAAAACUGGAAUCACCAGAUCUUCAACCACUUCCUCCAUUGAUGAAACGAAGCUUCCGGUUAAAUCCAGAUGUUGGUUCAAUCGGAGAAGAGGAAGAAGAAGAGUUCUACUCUCCACGUGGCUCACAAAGCGGGCGAGAGACAUUAAACCGGGUCGGAGCUCCGGGUCAUCAUCAAAACCCUAGAUCUGUUAACAAUGACACUAUCUCUUGCUCAUCUUCAAGCUCAGGUUCACCGGGAAGAUCAACGUUCAUCAGUAUCUCUCCUUCAAUGAGUCCUAAAAGAUCUGAAUCAAAGCCUGUAGUAAUCACCGCCGCAACCGCCGCACCACCAGAACCGUCAAAAACUUCUCCGGCGGAUUACAGAUUCGUUAGGUCUCCGUCACUGUCGUUAGCUUCGUUAUCGUCGGGAUUGAAAAACUCCGAUGAAGGAGGAAGAUUAAAUCAAAUCUCUAGAUCUCCGACGGUUACGUCACUCACAGCUUCACCGGAGAAUCACAACAAGAAAAAAGAGAAUCUCGAAACCUCUCCGUUAUCAUCUGCUUCAACAUCACCGGAACGACGACCAAACGAUACACCAGAAGCUUACUUGAGAUCUCCUUCGCAUUCCUCUGCUUCUACAUCACCGUAUAGAUGUUUUCAGAAAUCACCGGAGGUGUUACCGGCGUUUAUGAGUAAUCUCCGGCAAGGUUUGCAGUCUCAGUUACUAUCUUCUUCUUCUCCUGGAGGAGGAGGACAAGGUUUUCUUAAAGAGUUAAACGCAUUGCGUUCUUCUUCUUCCUCGUCCACUUCAUCAGUUUGUUCUUCACCAGAGAAAGCUUCUCAUAAGUCACCUAAGUUGUCUUCUCGGAACUCGCAGUCUCUAUCAUCUUCUCCGGAGAGAGACUUUAGUCAUAGCUUAGAUGUAUCACCACGUAUUUCGAACAUUUCACCUCAGAUUUUACAGUCUCCGGCGAUGUUGGCUGCAAUGGGAGGUUCACGUGUGCCGCCUCCUCCGCCACCUCCUCCACCAAUGCCGUUGUGGGGACGACGGAAUCAGGUGGCUACUAAAGUGGAGACGAUCUCGAGACCCCCUUCUCUCACGCCGCCUUCACAUCCUUUUGUGAUCCAAUCCGAAAACCAUCCAGUGAUGAAUUCUCCUGUAGAGGUUGCAGAGACGGUUAGUGCGAGUGAGCCGGCGGAGGAGACUCCUAAACCGAAGUUAAAAGCGUUACAUUGGGAUAAAGUUAGAGCAAGUUCGGAUCGUGAGAUGGUUUGGGAUCAUCUUCGAUCAAGCUCUUUCAAAUUAGAUGAGGAGAUGAUUGAAACGUUGUUUGUGGCAAAGACGUUAGACAACAAACCAAAUCAGAGUCAGACUACUCCACGAUCUGUUGUCCCCAACCCAAACCAAGAGAACAGAGUCUUGGAUCCUAAGAAAGCUCAGAAUAUUGCCAUCUUGCUUCGCGCACUUAAUGUCACUAUCGAAGAAGUUUGUGAGGCUCUUCUUGAAGGCAAUGCUGAUACACUUGGGACUGAACUUCUUGAGAGCUUACUGAAGAUGGCACCAACAAAAGAAGAAGAGCGAAAAUUGAAAGAGUAUAAAGAUGAUUCCCCUGUUAAGCUUGGACAUGCUGAGAAAUUUCUUAAGGCAAUGCUAGACAUCCCGUUCGCCUUUAAAAGAGUUGAUGCGAUGCUCUAUGUAGCUAACUUUGAGUCUGAGGUUGAAUACCUGAAGAAAUCUUUUGAGACUCUUGAGGCUGCUUGUGAGGAACUAAGGAACAGUAGGAUGUUCUUAAAGCUACUAGAAGCGGUUCUAAAAACAGGAAACCGUAUGAACGUUGGCACAAACCGAGGUGAUGCACAUGCGUUCAAGCUUGACACGCUCCUCAAGCUAGUCGAUGUCAAAGGCGCUGACGGGAAAACAACACUCUUACAUUUCGUUGUACAAGAGAUAAUCCGAGCAGAAGGAACACGUCUCUCAGGUAACAAUACCCAAACAGAUGACAUUAAAUGCAGGAAACUUGGCCUCCAAGUCGUAUCAAGCCUUGGUUCAGAGCUUAGUAACGUCAAAAAAGCUGCUGCAAUGGACUCAGAAGUACUAAGCAGCUACGUCUCCAAGCUUUCUCAAGGCAUCGCCAAGAUCAACGAGGCUAUCCAAGUCCAAUCAACGAUCACAACAGAAGAAAGCAACAGCCAGAGAUUUUCGGAAUCGAUGAAUACGUUUCUGAAAAAGGCUGAGGAAGAGAUCAUAAGAGUACAAGCUCAAGAGAGUGUAGCGUUAUCUCUAGUGAAAGAAAUCACAGAGUAUUUCCAUGGGAACUCGGCUAAAGAAGAAGCGCACCCGUUUAGAAUAUUCUUGGUGGUUAGAGACUUCCUUGGAGUAGUAGACAGAGUAUGCAAAGAAGUUGGGAUGAUAAACGAAAGAACAAUGGUUAGUUCUGCUCAUAAGUUUCCUGUCCCAGUGAAUCCAAUGCUGCCACAGCCACUUCCUGGACUCGUUGGACGAAGGCAAUCAUCAUCUUCGUCGUCUUCUUCUUCCUCUGCGUCGUCAUCCGACGAUGAACAUAACUCAUCUCAUUAGUUUUAAGUGGGAUCUCAGGCUUUUUGUCUGUGCAAGUUGUUGUAAAAAGUAUCCAGUUGUUUUGUCAUAUUAGGUUUAAAUAUAUAUAUAUAUAGAGGAGAGGGAAAGAAAUUGACAGACAAAGAAGUGUUUUUAAUUUUUCUUUUCCACAUUUGUGUAAAAUAAUACAGGUUUACGUUUAAAUU